AUGGCAUCUGCAGGACUUCAGAUCUUGGGCAUCAUUUUGGCAGUGAUUGGCUUUUUUGGAGACAUAAUUACCUGUGCUCUGCCAUUGUGGAAGGUGUCUGCUUUCAUUGGAAACAACAUUGUGACAGCACAGGUUUUCUGGGAGGGCCUCUGGAUGAACUGUGUGAUGCAGAGCACUGGCCAGAUGCAGUGCAAGGUCUAUGAUUCCAUGCUCGCUCUUCCUCAAGACCUGCAAGCAGCCCGUGCUCUGGUUGUGAUCUCCAUCUUGGUCACCCUAAUGGGACUCCUGCUUGCCAUCGCAGGCGGAAAGUGCACCAACUGCAUUGAAGAGGAGACUGCCAAGAGUAAGGUGGCCAUUGCUGCGGGGGUGGUGUUCAUUGUUGGUGGCAUCCUGUGCCUCAUCCCUGUAUCCUGGUCUGCUAAUGAGGUCAUCAGGAACUUCUACAACCCUAUUAUGUCUGACGGACAGAGGAGAGAGCUUGGAGCAUCGCUGUUCAUUGGCUGGGCUUCAUCUGGACUCCUGAUCAUUGGAGGUGCACUCCUUUGUUGUCAGUGCAAGCAGCCUAAGGAUGGUGGAUACUCUGUGAAAUACUCCGCUCCACGCUCUGCAACAGGUGGUGGAGCAUAUGUUUAA